CCGGAACAAGCAGUAUUCCCCCUCUCUAAGCCAAUAGUAGUUUGAUUGCAGGUUUACCAAUACAGGAGAGGAGACACCAUUUUAAAGGAAAAUGUGAAGUAGCCUAAUGUAAUCUGGACCUUCGAUCCCGCCAUUAAAACGGAACACGCGCCAGGGCUAUGGGCAACCUGUCCUAACUGAACCACACGCGUGGACUGGUAGUCAGCAACUGACACGUAGUAGCGCUGGCGUCCAUGUUUAGGGAAAUUGGUGGAGCAAGGCCUACUCUGCCACAGUUUAUUUGUUUUGAAAUUCUGUAUUAGCGAACGCUAUUAAUUAGGAACGUUACCGUAGAAAUUGUAGCUACGCAGUGUUCUUGUAAUUUUAAUAUCCAUGCAUAUUUUUUAUCCAUAUAAUUAACUUGACUAUUCUUGUUUUUAGUUUCUUGCUGUUUAUAUUUCUUGGUUAGAUAUCCACUCGGCAAGAUUCUUUAAAGCUUGGUAUGCUUUAUAAUGUCAUAAAUCCCCACUUUUAACACGCAUUUUUACAGUCUUGCUAGUUAGUUCGCUAGCUCUAUGUAUUAAUGACCAGAGUAACCUGCUGCGGAAUCGACGAAUAGGGUCUAAACUUCGUCCACAGCAACGAUCAGUUGGCUAAAUAAUGUGUACUGUUAAUUAACUUACUAACUUUCUGUUGCCAGUUCUUGUGGACUAGCUAUCUUAUUCAGCACGUUAGAAAAGAGAAAAACGAAACAAACUGGGGAUGUUUACUAAUAAGAAGGCGUGGUUUUCAAACAGUGUGAGUGAGAAGCUUUGUCAUCUGUGGGUGUCAGAAGGUGGAACCAUCGUUAGUUGGAAAAGAGCAGAUUAUCUAUUCAGUGAGGAUGCAUCCAGUCCUGAUACACAACGGGUAUUUGAGAGUGUGGACUAUGCAGAGGACAGGGUGACGGUUUUCCACAGUUUGUUCCUCUCUACCUGUGAAAAGACCCAGAGCACAGAGUCUGUGUCCAUCGGUCACUAUGUGCUCCCCCCACCCUGCGUUCAGAAAGAAGUAAAAGCAGCUGUUGGACAUUUCAUUUGGGAGCAGGAGAUCAGUCAGAAGAAAGUUCCAUGCAGCAGAGCAAACAUUAGGGAAAAUAUGGUGUUGAAAGAAGAUUUACUGAGGCCCCAAAAUGAUUGUGGAAACAGAGAAGGUGCAAAGAUAAGCCAAGAACCUGCCAUAUUGACAACACCCCAGAGAGAAACUUCUCCGUGCUGUAAUGUGCAGCAGUACCCCGUCAAUAACAUGGUUACAGGAUAUGUUUUCAUUGAUGCACUGACAAGGUAUUCGGGUGAACUACACGACUUCCUUCCAGGCCACCCUGAUUGCUUAGUAUUGAAAGCUCAUAAUGAAAAAUAUACUAUUACAUCAGAUGAAGAAAGAGCCCUCAGGAAUGUGAAAUGA